UGCAGGACUCGGCGCGCCUGCUGCUCUGUGUCUCCGUCGUGUCUGUUUGCUCCGCGUCCCUGCCGCUACCGCGUCUGCCGCAGCCGCCGCGUCGCCAUGAGGGAGAUUGUGCAUUUGCAGGCCGGGCAGUGCGGCAACCAGAUCGGUGCGAAGUUCUGGGAGGUGAUCAGCGACGAACAUGGCAUCGACCCUACUGGAACCUACCAUGGGGACAGCGACCUGCAGCUGGAGCGGAUCAACGUGUAUUACAACGAGGCCACCGGUGGCAAGUAUGUGCCCCGCGCCGUGCUGGUGGACCUGGAGCCAGGAACCAUGGACUCGGUGCGCUCCGGCCCUUUCGGGCAGAUCUUCCGGCCUGACAACUUUGUCUUUGGGCAGAGUGGUGCCGGCAACAACUGGGCCAAGGGGCAUUACACAGAAGGUGCAGAGCUGGUGGACUCAGUCCUAGAUGUGGUGCGGAAGGAGGCCGAGAGCUGCGACUGUCUGCAGGGCUUCCAGCUCACCCAUUCUCUGGGCGGUGGCACGGGCUCGGGCAUGGGCACCCUGCUCAUCAGCAAGAUCCGAGAGGAGUACCCUGACCGUAUCAUGAACACCUUCAGCGUAGUGCCCUCGCCCAAAGUGUCGGACACUGUGGUGGAGCCCUACAAUGCCACCCUCUCCGUCCACCAGCUGGUGGAGAACACGGACGAGACCUACUGCAUUGAUAACGAGGCGCUGUAUGACAUCUGCUUCCGCACCCUCAAACUCACCACCCCCACCUACGGCGACCUCAACCACCUGGUCUCAGCCACCAUGAGUGGAGUCACCACCUGCCUGCGCUUCCCCGGCCAGCUCAAUGCUGACCUGCGCAAGCUGGCCGUGAACAUGGUGCCCUUCCCCCGGCUGCACUUUUUCAUGCCAGGCUUUGCCCCUCUGACCAGCCGGGGCAGCCAGCAGUACCGCGCCCUGACUGUGCCAGAGCUCACCCAGCAGAUGUUUGAUGCCAAGAACAUGAUGGCUGCUUGUGACCCACGCCACGGCCGCUACUUAACUGUGGCCGCCGUCUUCCGGGGCCGCAUGUCCAUGAAGGAGGUGGACGAGCAGAUGCUGAAUGUGCAGAACAAGAACAGCAGCUACUUCGUGGAGUGGAUCCCCAACAACGUGAAGACGGCCGUGUGCGACAUCCCUCCACGGGGCCUGAAGAUGUCGGCCACCUUCAUUGGCAACAGCACGGCCAUCCAGGAGCUAUUCAAGCGCAUCUCCGAGCAGUUCACGGCCAUGUUCCGCCGCAAGGCUUUCCUGCAUUGGUACACGGGUGAGGGCAUGGACGAGAUGGAGUUCACCGAGGCUGAAAGCAACAUGAAUACCCUGGUGUCCGAGUACCAGCAGUACCAGGAUGCCACAGCAGAGGAGGAAGGCCAGUUCGAGGAGGAGGCAGAGGAGGAGGUAGGCCUAGGGUUUGUGCACCCAUACGUGGGAGCCUGUGAACUUUAUUCAUUCACAACCUAUUCUGGUAGCCAUCACUGCGUGUGCAUUUCCUCUUUCUGUUUCCAUGCUGCGAGCUGUUCAGACACAAUUAAAGCCUUUUCAUAGU